CAUUUUAUAAUAAUGCAUAUUGGACUAAUUAAAAUUUCCAGAUUCCACAAAAAUAAUUUAAAAUUCCACAAGAUCACAAUUUUGAGUUCUAUAUAUAGUUUGUCAUCCUUCCCAUUUUUUUCCCAUCAACUUAAGUCCCCAAUUGAGAUAUAGAGUAAGAUAGGAAGAAAACAAAAUGGAAGCCUUUUCUACAAAGAUCUUUCUAAUAGUUUUUGCCUUUAGUUUCAUCACAUACUCUAUCCAAGCAAAUGAAAGCCAACAAUCCAACACAUUAUUCAUUAGAAAUUCUUGUAGUUCAACAACUUAUCCAAAAUUAUGUUACACUUCCCUAGUGAAACACGCCGAUUCCAUUCAAACAAAUCGUGUACUCUUAACAAGCACGGCUUUGAACGUGACUCUUGCAUCAGCAAAAUCAACAUCGACUUUCAUGUCAACUCUCGCUAAAAGCCAUGGACUGAAUCCGAAAGAGGUUGCGGCUAUGAAGGAUUGCAUAGAAGUGCUAAGUGGAUCCGUUGAUGAACUCCGAAGGUCUAUCGAUGAGAUUAGUCGUCUUAGAACUUCAAAUUUUGAACUAACGAUGAGUGAUAUACAAACUUGGGUUAGUGCUGCUUUGACGGAUGAGAACACUUGUACCGACGGAUUCCAAGAGAUUAAUGCAACGGGGAAUAUUAAGACAAUAGUUAGAGGGAAAAUUGUCCAAGUAGCUCAAUUGACUAGCAAUGCUUUGGCUUUGAUAAAUAAACUUGCUACUUCACAUCCUUAAAGUAGCUCAAUUAAGGUAUAUAUUUUUUGUACGUAGCUUCAAAAUUGGAGUAUUAUUAAUGUAAUUGGUGUUGUAGUCUCAAGUGAUGUAGCAACAAGUUGGUGUGUUUCAAAUUAAUUGUGUAAAAGAUUGUAAUAUGUAGUAAUUAGUUGUUGAGAUUUAUGGCAGCACAAGUGUGUAAAUUUGGCAUGUAUAAUAUUGUAAAUGUGUAACAAUUAGUGGUUGAGAUUUAUGAAAUCUAAAUUCCAAACCAUUUUAGGAGCCA